AUGAGAGAGAAUCUAUCCUUUUCUCUCUCUAGCCGUAUUGUUUAUUCAUAUCAUUCGUUUCCGAACUAUUUCAUUCUACUUCUCCCUCAUUUUCCAUAUCUAUCUUUUCUUCACUGUCUUUGUACAUUUUUCUGUCUUUCCAUUUCUCUUUGUGACUUUCUUUUUCUUUAUCCCUAUUUUUUUUCUUUCUUUCUUCCUUCCUUCCUCCCUUCCUUUCUUUUUCCUUCCUUUCUUUUUUCCUUCCUUCCUUUCUUUCUUUCUUUUUUCCUUCCUUCCUUUCUUUCUUUCUUCCUUUCUUCCUUCCUUUCUUCCUUUCCUUCCUUCCUUCCUUCCUUCCUUCCUUUCUUUCCUCCGUCCUUUCUGUCCUUCCUACCUCAUUCCUCCCUCUAUCCCUCCCUUUCUUCCUUCCGUCCGUCCUCCCUCUAUCUCUCCCUUUCUUUCUUCCUUCCUUCCUUCCGUCCUCCCUCCCUCCCUUUCUUCCUUCCUUCCUUCCGUCCUCCCUCCCUCCCUUUCUUCCUUCCGUCCGUCCGUCCUCUCUCCCUCCCUUUCUUCCUCCCCACCCCCGCUUUCCUUUCUUUCUUUCUUCAUACCCACUUCCUUCUUUCCUCAUAA